AUGCGUGUGCGGCCGGUGAGUUGGCUUCGCAUCAAGAUGCGUGGAUGUCUCGACCUUUGCGACGACGGGACCGGGAAGCCCAGGACUCGCAACUUGGGAAUUGUUGAGACCUCGGCGCUCGGUGAAUUUUUGGAAGGCCCCGCUGAGGCAGGGGACACUGAAGAGGCUCCUGAUGGUGCCGGUGUAGGGGACGAUGUAGCGGAUCUUCUUUGGGAUGUGCAGGUCUCGACAAAAGGCAAGGCCAUCCGAAGGCGCCCCAUGACCGAGAUUCUGAUGGGAAAACUCUGCUAUUCCUUGAGCUCCGCAGCGGCCGUGGCUGAGGUGGUGCAAACUGUGCUUCGAAUGAUGGAUGUGCUGGCUGAGAACACGAACCAAGAAGACGUGAAUCCCUCCAAGAGCCACGUGCGAACGAUUCUCGUGAAGCUGGAUUGUUUGCACAGCUUGAGCCGGAGGGUUUUCGCGAAGCCGAACCAGCCAGAUCGAAGAACGGUCAGGUUUUUGUCGGCAGACAGCAGUCCGCAAGCAAACUACGACUACUUCCUGGUCACAGAAGAACUGAUGACUAGAGACAGUGUCCAUCGUGUGCCAGUGGAUGCAAGCGGGCAAGUAGAUCCGUGGAGAGGGUUCGCCGUGGAACGGAGGACCAUGGUAGUGACCACCAUCGCUCGAGGUCAGAGCUCGGCAGCUCUGAAGACCAUGCGAGUUCUGCACAUCAUAUGCCUGGAGAACACAGCGGUUGCUCUCCCACAGUAUAGAGGUGAAGUGAGAGGUUUCUUGUCGGAUCAGGGAACGGAGCGGUUGAUCUGCAAAUACCCCUUAGAUACUGCAGCCAACGUCAGGGAGGCAGUGCGGGGAUUUGCCAGGGGCACAGGAGCUGCCGCCGCCGCCGCACAUGAGAGGGUGCGAGCACUACCUUUUUUUCCGGAAGCCUUGGAAAUACCUGGUUCUUUGCACGUGGUGUUCAACACCCUGGAGGCUGUAGUGAAGAGUGUACCUGAGUUUGACGUACUGCACAAACAGUUGAACACAUUGUGCAGACUUCUCACACCCCGCAGCUACCAAGAAGUAGUCGAGGUUAAGAUGCUCGAUGCGGGGGCGGGCACAGCAGCAGACAAGCAGGCGUUGCAUAGCUUCCGCGACAACCUCCUCGAAUGGAGAUGGGACAGUUUGCAUCGUGUCCUGAGCCAGUGGGCCCCUCUUCGGUUGGUGCUUCUGAGGCACUGGAAGCCGCAUGAAUUUGGUGAUAGUGCGGCCAUGAUCACGGAGAUCCUUGAAGAUAGCAUGCAUGGCUGGAUGGUUGUGUGGGCUGGGAAGUUCGCGGAGGCGGCAACCCGGCUUGCACAUUGGAUCGAGGGAUGUGCGUGUCAUCAGGAUUUAUUGGUUUCCCAGCCAGCCUCCAAACGGCGAAAGACAAUGAUGGAAGAAACUGGAUCUGCCACUUGUUGCUGGAAGGGGAAGAGGCUUCCAGAGCUGGCCUGCGGGAAGAUGACGGACCUCAUCCAGUACUUUACAAACCAGGCCCGCACAGAGUACAUCUCGGAGAUGCUCGCUGCACCGGCUGAUGUCCGAGCACGUGUUACGGCGAUAGAUGCACUCGCGACAGAGCAACUUCGCGUGGUCCUCGAGCAGAAGUUUGCAUAUGCACAGACCAUCCCUUGGGUGCUCUGUGCAGCAUAUGGGGGGUACACUGGCAUCCCCUGGGCUCGUUGCAAGGCCGCCAUUUCGGAAGGCUUUCGUCAGUAUUCCCAGGCGACAACAGGUGGUGGUUUUGUGGAUGCAGUGUCCUUUGGAGCCUUUUCCGGUCAGACGUUGGAAAGCCGGCAGCUGAAAGCUUUUGCAGACUCGGAGUUGCCCCUGCACCAUUAUGCCGAGGCGUGGACCAUGGUGCAAGAGUAUUCUUUCUGCAGAGAGGCCAGCGAUAUGCCGGCCCUGCGGUUGUUGCGAGCCGGAAGCGAGAAGCAGGUCGUGGCCAUGAUUGAUGAUCCCCAGCAGCUGCAGCGAAUGACAGUUGUGCAGAGAUUGGCGAAGGUGUAUGCAUACCACCCAGACCAGCACUUCAUGGACGCGAGCGAGGAGGCAACUGCCCAGGCCGUGUACCAAAAAGCGUUGCUGGAUGCCUCGGCUGCUGCCCGCACGGAAGACUCCGUGCCGUUGAAGCUGGACCCAGCCCCUCAUCAGAUUGUGCACUUCCUGAAGAGCCAUCUCCGGAACGGCAGCCUGGUGUCGCUGGGUGAGGAGGCCUUCCAGCUUGCCCUCCGCUACACACCCAGGCAGCCGGAAGAGGAGGCAGAUGUGCCAUGCAAGGAGAUGCUGUCUCAGGACUUGUGGCUGAGCUUGCGAACAGAAAUGGUCGUGCCAGCAGUUUCCUUGGAUCCGUACUUUUUCACGGUGCUGGAUGCUCGACCCGAGCAGCGGAAGGAUGUUCGGGCGGAUCGGGGCCGCAGCAAAAGCAGCAUACUUGUGAUGUUGCACACACAUGUCCGAGUUCUGUCGGACACAGAAGUGCGGGUACAGUCCAGCGGGAACAGGCAAGAGUUUCUGGAGCUGGCGAGCUUCUGUAACCAAGCACGGAUGCAGGUGUUCAUGCAUUCGUGCCGGGUUUGGACUCCGAAGGCUUCCGACGUCAGCUUGAACGUGUUGACUGCAGGUGCAUGCCGGCAACCAGACCUCGUGCCCAUCCCAGAUUUCAUCCAGGAUCAUGAGCCUGCCGCAAGCUUCAGCAACCAGCUUCGGCGGAGGCAGGCCGACAUGCAGGUCGUCGAACACGAGCCGGAUCGUGUACGAAUUUCUGCUGAAGCCAUUGUCCUCUUGAAGGCCGAGGAGGAUCUGUUGCAUGAGCUUCUUCGUCACGGGGCUUUGGGAGGGCGUUAUGUUUCGGUGGAUGAUUUGUCGGAAUUCAAUGCUGCUGCUGUUCAGAGACUGCAACAACAUGGCAUUCUUUCGGGUGAAGAGGGGGCAUUCGGCGACUUGACCUUGAGCAUCACCAGCAGCCUGCAGCUGCUGCCCGAAUGCACAUGGUCCGAACCAUUGGCGAUCUGGGAAUUGAGCCACUUCUUCUUAACCCGGGGAAAGGUUGCCCUGACAUCCAAAAUAGAAUAUUUCAGGUUGCUUUUUAAACAGGGGUGGAAGCCCCGCUGCGACGACGAGAGUGAGUUCUUUGAGUGGCACUGCCGUGAUGCCACUGCGGAGUUGCCUGCUCAGGGUCUUGGCAUGCCGUUGCCAUAUCUUCGCUGCUUGCUGACUUCUGUGUUGUUGUGGCAGAAGCCGGGCAACCUCCAGCGAAUCUUGGUCAACGGGCCUUCGAAGUAUGAGUACCUCAUGAGCUCGGCCGACCUGUCUGCAGUGGCAAAGUUGACGUCUGAAGAAAUUAGGCAGAAGUUUGCGGGCGCCCGCAAAGCACGUGCCACGGAUGCUGUGGACAGGGCCUUGGACAACGACCCAGAGCAAGAGGACGGAUACGAGGUACUGGCCGCUGCUGCUGCGGGUGUCGCAGCAGGUAGCGAGGUGCCUCCGUCCGAUCCGGAGCUCUUGCAGUUGAACAUGCCCAAGGAAAGCAGCAGAGCCAUCGUCGUGAAUGGCCGGAGCUGCCACGUGUAUUUUGACAAUUACACCCAUGCCUCCGGCCAGUUGCGAGCUUUUGUGCAGUGUGACAGACAUGUCAACUGCAGGUUGUAUGUCUUUGUGCACAAGGUGCAUGGCAAGGGUCGUGCUGUUGCCUACCUGCAGCGUUGGUUGCAGGAGGCCUCAGCCUAUCCUGGUCUAAAUGGCGACAGAUGCUCCUGCAUCCAAUGGGACUGGCUCACCCCUACCGCUGGGACGUCUUUGGCGACAGUGGGUGGGGCGGCUGGCUCCUACCACUGCGGCGCCUUUGGCGACAGUGGUUGGGGCGGCUGGCUUUUACCAGUGCGGCGCCUUUGGCGACAGUGGGUGGGGCGGCUGUCUCCUACCACUGCGGCGCCUUUGGCGACAGUGGGUGGGGCGGCUGGCUCCUACCACUGCGGCGAUCAGCGCCAGGCUGCUAAGGCUCAGGCGAUCCAGGCCUCCGACUCGGAAUCCUACGAGAGUGAGUCGGAGGAGAAGAAGCGGCCAGGGAAGGCUCCUGAGGCUUCUGAGGCGGUGCCACCUUCAAACGACGAUGACAUCGCUGACCGCCGGUCGCAGAGGCGAAAGACCGCGGCAGAGACCGUGGCAGAGACCGCAGCAGAGGCCGCAGCAGAGGCCGCAGCAGAGGCCGUGGCAGAGACCGUGGCAGAGACCGGCGGCAAGAAGGGCGGCAAGAAGGGCGACAAGAAGGGCGACAAGGGGCCAAAGGGGGGCCGUGGCCACAGCCAGCAAAGGGACCCCGCCCAGCAGCCGCAGAACGAAGACGAGGAGUUUGGGCCCUUCAAUGAGAUUGGCAUUGCCAAGUUCAAGCUGUCCGAGCUGCCCCGCAACAGGCGGGGCCGUGUGACCUGCCCGGUCUGCGGGGUGCAAGUGCAUCCCGACAGCAUGAGCCUCCACCUCAUGCAUAACUCCCAUUGCCUUAACCGCCAGAACGGUGGGCAUGCACAGAGAACUUUCGUCUGCGGUUGCGGACGAAAGUUUUGGACGGAGUGGGACCUCCAGCAACACAGUAACCGUUGCACUUGGGCAGCGGGAGAGACUGAGCCGGAGGAGACAGCCGGGCCACAGCAAAGGCCAGUGCGCCUCAGGAGCCGUUCCCGCCGAUCCUCGCCCUCAUCGCGACCGGCCCGCAGCAAGCCGAGAAAGGAUCCCGGCACCGAUGAUCAGCCGGGCCCGGGCUCCACAGGGGACUCCUCCGACCGUACACUCGGUGACCGACGCAUGGGUCUCCGAGUGUAUGCGGAUCUUGUCUCGUUGGGGAAGGAUUUGCUGCGAUAG